CUCUUGUUUCUUAAUCACAUCGUGGAUUAUGUAUCUUUAACUUACUGUCAGAAUUGUUACUGUUUAAUAUAUUUUAGUUUUUGAGAGUGGGAAUUGUUUGAAGUAGUUGAUAAUCGCGGAGAAGACUAUUGGAGGGAGGUGAGCCUACUCGCCGACUGAGGGUAUUGUUUCAGUCAGUGCCGUGGGCAUUGUAGAGGAAGCUGCUUCAAAGUUGGCAAGCCGCAUGUGGGGAAAGAAACGUUCAAGGAGAUUCUAGUGUUUUUGAGUGCUGUCGACCAUGCUUUGCCAUCCAAAUCUUUCUGUGUGUCGGUGACGAUGGUAGCUUCACAUUGUGAGCACGACUGCACUGGAGCUUACGUCUGAAACGGCGUGUGUGUGUUUGUGUGUAUGUGCAUAGCGGAAGGAGGGUAGACUAGCGAGGCUAGAAGAGUGGAAAAAAUGGCCGCCUUUCUUCGUCUGUCAGUCACAAACUGUUUCAAAGCGGCUGUUUUGUGGCUUUUCCUCUCAUGGGGACACUGUUUGGAAAUGACUUGUAUUGAAGUGAAAAAAUCAUACGUUGCCAAAGGAUUGGACGAGUCCGAAGUUCCUUUCUAUGCUGCUCACGGUGAUGAUUUGGAAAUAUGCCCUCCUGGUCAGACUUGCUGCACACGAACAAUGGAGACAAAGCUUAUUUCAUUAAGUAGCAAGGAACAUGAAAAGCAAAUUGAAAAUGCUUUCAAACUUCUGCGCACAACAUUCGCUUCAAGAACGAAAAAAUUUGACCAAUUUUUCACAGAAUUAUUGGACAAUGCAAGAAGAGACUUGCAUGAAAUGUUUGUGAAGACAUAUGGAUUGUUAUACCAGCAAAACUCCGGAAUAUUUGCAGACCUUUUUACAGAACUUAGGGCAUACUACAAAGGCAAGGACAAAAACCUCAUGGAUGUGAUGGAUAACUUCUUCAGUCGAUUACUACAGAAAAUGAUUGAACUCCUGAAUGGACAGUAUGUAUUUGACGAUGAAUACUUGACGUGUGUGACGGAACGCAUGAAUGAUCUGAAACCGUUUGGAGAUGUUCCCAACAAGCUUUCUGUGCAAGUCAAGAGGGCAUUCAUUGCUGCCAGAACAUUUGUACAAGGUUUAGCCAUUGGAAGAGAUGUGGUGCUUACUGUGAUGGAGAUUCCACCGACGGAUGCCUGUGUACGGGGCCUGGUGCGGAUGACGCACUGCCCGAAGUGCCGCGGACUGACCAACACCAAGCCCUGCAACAACUACUGCCUCAACAUCAUGAAGGGCUGUCUGGCACAACACGCUGAGCUCAACGCUGUCUGGAACCAGUAUAUUGAAGCCCUAAAGAACCUGGCGAAACGGCUUGAGGGACCUUUCAACAUCGAGUCGGUGGUGGACCCCAUCGACGUGAAAAUCUCGGACGCCAUCAUGAACCUGCAAGAGAACAGCGCGCAGGUGUCUUCCAAGAUUUUUGCUGGAUGCGGUCAGCCAAGGCUUGCACGGAAGAAGCGAGAGGGUGAGCCAGAGCCGGAGCCUGAGCCUGAGGGUGCCAGCACCUAUGAUUUUAACACGUACAAGUCUCGUGCACGGCCCACCACAGCUGCUGGAACUAGCCUUGACCGUUUGGUCGACAUCAAAGACAAAGUCAAGACUGCCAAGGACUUCUGGGUGCAGCUGCCCUACACAGUUUGCAAUGAUGAUGAAGUGGCAGCAUCACCUGAUAGUGAUGAUGAUUGCUGGAAUGGACAGGACCGAGCAAGGUACAAUCCUGAGGUUCAGAAGGAUGUUAUUAACCAAAUAAACAACCCAGAAGUUGAAGUUGACGUUUCCAAAGCCAACACCAUGUUCACACGACAAAUUGUACAGCUUCGCCUCAUCAUAAGUCGGCUGCAGAAUGCUUACAAUGGUGAAGACGUUGGCUGGAUUGAUACAGAAAUUGAGGGCAUGAGUGGCAGUGGCAGUGGCGACAAUGGCGGUGGCUUUGGCAGCGGAUCUGGCAGUGGCUUCAUAACAGAGGAGAACGAGAAGGGAAUCGUAGACAUAGACAACCCACCAUAUGUCGCAGUGAAGCCAGAGAAACCGGAUAUCAAAAAGCAGGCCAGCCCACGGGAGAGAAGCCGGAAGAAGUGGCAGCCAGCCUCCACCAACAACUGGAGGCAAGCCUGGAAGUGCCGCUUUACACUCUGUCUCCUUCAUGCUGGUUGUAUGCAGUUUGGUAGCCGGGACACUUGCGCACAGGAUACCAUUGUUUUAACAGGGUGACAGUAGCUAGACUUUACGCUGCUCAGUGUCCACAGCAGCUUUGCUAUAAAUUGGCUAAAACGAGUUCUUGAGUCAAAAUGCUGGGAUGAUUUUCGGAAAGGACAUUUCGUGUGGCAUCGUACUUUCAGAGGAAGCAUCAUGUCCAUUGCAUGAAGGGAGGGGGAAUAUCAAUGGUGCAGUGAAUAAUCUGUGAAGGAGGUUCACUAAUGCGGCACAGAUCUGCAGCGUCUUUGUAGACGUUAGAAGAGGUGCACCUUUUCAGCCAUGCAGCCACCUCAGCUGCAAGAUAACUUGCAAACUACAAACCUGACAAAAAGCAAUAUGAUACUUGGACUUAAUGGAUUAUAUUAUAAUCUCCCUCAACUCUUUCUCACUUUGUGCCUCUUUACUAUCACCUUUUGGUGCUGAUCAAGCAUGGACAGAGUAGUGGAGGAAGAUCUUAGGUGCCUGCAGAGGUAGAUAUUAAGUGAGUUCAUCCUCUGAAUGACAAAGUUUUUUUUUUUUUAUUUAAAAAAAAAACACAAAACAAACUGUGGAAUAUUCAGCAUUUGCAAACUGUACUUAGUAAGCCUGAAAUGAUAAAUAUUGCAGACAUACAUUGGCACCCACUGCCUUGUUGAAUCUUUAGAAGGUUCCAGUCUGCAGCCUGUAUUAAUUGAAAUGCUUUAAACACUGGUGUCAAUUUUAAGUCAGUUUUGAGGUUCACGAUAAGCACAUUUUUUAAGACUACUCCUGAAUAAAUUAAAAAAAAAUUGAAUUAACUUGAAAUUGUGGUGGGCAAAAGGACAUUCAAAAUGAUGGAGUAGGCUUGAGGUAGACUUAUCUCCCCUAGUCUGGUGAUACGCAUUUAUCUUUAAAUGAUGAUUUCAAGGAAGCAUAAAUCAGUGCACAUUAUAGAACCAUUUGAGGUGUUGCAUUUAUGCAUAGAUACAUGUAUUUAUGGCUGCAUGUGCGCACAAAUGCAUGCAUAUGCACAUGUAAUUUGCAUAAAGUUACAAUCUCUCAAAGGGUACUGCCAAUUUACUGACUGGUGUUACAGAUCAGAAUGUGGAGCCCAGUAUGUUAAAAAAUGCAUGUUGCACAUACGCAGAUACAAUAUUACUGCAGAUGGGCGCAUAUACAAAUGCAUACCUAGAAACAAUUUACUGCACUAAAAAUAGGCCCUUCCCAGAAAUCAUUCAUAUUGGGAUCUGCAAACAAUGUUUGCAUUUCAGUGCGCAAUUUUGUUUGGAAUGAUACGAUAACAUUCAUUGAGCACAAAUAUUUCAAAAUUUAAAUGACCUAUCAUUAUGUUGAAGUGAUAUUUACUUCAUACACAGAGAGCUUGAAAAUUUAGUUACCAAAAAAAUGAAACUAGGUAAAUUUGUCCCACUUUCCCUCACAUGCGCCUCAGUCUUCUGGUGGAAAAAGGUUGAAACUGUUAUCUUGAACAUCACAAUUGUUUUCACUGAGACAAAACACAUAGUAGUAUUUUAGUUUCAAUUUCUAUGGAGAUGGCAUCUCUGCAACCAGCAUUUUGAGACUAUUUAGAGCACACCACAAGGCUGUUGAACCUUGUGUCUAUGAAAAGAGAUGAGAAGUGAACUUUACAAGAGGUAGAAUCUUUAUUUCUGCUGCAUUUUAAAAUAUUGGUAUUUUGUUCAUGAGUGCACAUUUCAGAACUCUGUACAGCAUUGUCCUUCCUUGUACAAAGACAAAAAUUUCAUGUUCACAAAUAGUGAUUUGUCAUGACCAUUGCGUGAGUAUUUGUCAUGAUGGUUGUGUCAACCUAUUUUUUUCUUAUGUUGCAUUUAGGGGUAACUGCCAGAGUGCCUUUUUUUGCUUCUCGUUAUUUUUUAUUGUAUAUCACUGCUGUGAUCAAAUAAGUUUUAAAGACUUGCAUUAAGCAAAGAAAUAAUCUUGAAAUACUUACUCUGAUAAAUAAAAUCAGAUUGGUUGAAGUAGAAGAAAGAAAAGAGUUUGUAUGAUAACCUCACACAAAAUCCCCAAAGGAUUAUUGGGGGGAAAAUAAUAGUAAAAAGAAAUGAAUAGACAGUCCAUAAAGAUGCUAUAGGAAACGGCUGUUAUAAAGUCUCGGAUGCUACAAAUAACAUGACCAUUACUAGAUCAUAUUAGCGUGUCAGAACUUGCAGACUUUCUGAAAGGCAGCAAGGUUGUUAUACCUUAGUAUUUGUCUUCAGUUGACUGCUGAAUUUUUGCUGUCUACCUCAUACAUAUGUUUGUACCACUGGUAUUCCAGACAAAUGAAAUCCUUUGUACACAUUUCUUUUUAAAGAAUUCUCACAAUUCUAGUAAGUUUCUGUUAAAAUAUCAUGUUCAACCACUUGGGAAUGAAAAAAAAUUCUGCGCAGAAUGUUUUUAAAGUUUGGUGUUAGGCAGUUUUGUGCACAAAUGUUUAAGAAAACACAAAAACCCUUAUAUCUGUUCCCUAUUGCAACUCCGUUUUCUGUUGGACAAUUUUACUUGAUUUCUUUGAACUGAAUCAAGCAUCUUUCUGCGCAAAAUUCAUUUAUUAUUUGUGCUUUUUAUUAAUUUUUUUUCUAUGCUGACCAUACAAUAACAAAUAUUUAAAAUAUUUCUUUAAAUGUUUAUCACCAAGAUGUCUGGCCUGUUAUCUUUUCUGAAGGGUAGCCGUGCAUGCAGUUUAGACAUAGGCAACAGAAUUGAACUGUAAAAAACUUCAGAUUUCAAACAGACAUGUGGACAUAAGUAUAUGCUAAUAGGUUAUUAAAUUUAAAAAAAAAAAGCUAAGAAGUUAAGUUGCAGCCUGGCAUUUACCCCUUUGUGCUCUCCGUUGGUAUGGUUUGUGUUAAGUUUAUACAAAAGUCAAGUGCAUUGUUGCAUAGCUUUCUUCCUAUUGUUUAUUAUUGAUUAUAGUGAUAGCAAGAAAAUAUGCAUUUUAUUUACAGCAGUGGGUUUACCAUGUUCAAGGGGAAUGGGUAGCAGUUUAUCUGUGCCUAGUACUUUGUAGCACAUAUUUUUAAAAAUUAAAUAAGUUUUUGGGAUGAGCAGGGGAAAAGGGGUCUGUUUCAAUCAGGUACUUUUCAAGAUAUACAUUUUAUUUCAACACGGUGCAGGUUGUGGAGAUUUUGUUUAAAAGAUUUUAUAAUAUGUUAAUGUAAGGUCUUCCUGUUGUUAAUAUAGUAAAAUAGAAUCUACAAAAAAUAUAAGAAAAGUGUAAAAAAAAAAAAACCCACCCCAAAACCACAGUUUGGAUGAUCUUUAUAAAUAAAAUUAUCACAGAGGUGUGGAUUGUAUGCGGUAAUAAUAAACCUAAGAUCAUCGGUAAUUUACCUUUGUUGAUGUUUUUAUUUUGUGCCCUUAGUGUCAAGUUGCCCCCAUUUAUUUCAUUGAAACACAUUAAAAAUUAUAACUAUUACUCUUUGUAAGCUCAUUUUGGACAAUCAUUACUGCACUUGAUGACGACUGUCUUGUACCAACUACAACACUUGCAACUUGCACAAAAGAUACACAUGCAUUUUACUGCAUCUUGCAAGAUGCUUUUUAGCUAGACUAAUAUGUCCUCCUUAUCCCCCUCCCACUCUAAGACACUGCAUGCCUGCAGUACAGUUACAGUUAUAAAAGUCUCCAAACUUCCGUAGUUUUUUUUUUCUAUCCUGCACAAUUUUAAGUAAAAAUGGACAGGCAUCAUCAGUGUAUUCAAUAAACUCAAAAGUAUUUUGUUUGUAUGGAUAUACCUUUUGUUGGGGAAAAUGGGAAAAGAGUUGCUAAGGUAUGAAUGGAGAAAUGCAAAUGUGUGUCUACCUCAUGGGUUUUUUUGUAGGCUUUUUUUUUUUGAAAGAAAUUUUUACAUGGUAGACACUUUCCCAGUACAUAGAAAAUGUUUUGCAUGUUGUACUUAAAACGUAAUGGUUCUUGUAUGUUUAAAUACACAUACUCGUAACCUAGUAAAGAAAGGUGGUUUUUCUGUAAAGGUAUGACUGACUUAAUGUUCUCCUAUUUGAAAGUGUACAUGAAAACGGUAAGUCUGGGUCCUCAUGCCAAGAUGCUUUAAGGUUAUUACCUUUGUGAAGCACAAUGUGAGGGUGUGAAUUGCCCCUUUUUAAAUUUACUACAUAUCAUAGAUAAUACUCUUCAUGAACAAGCACUGAUUUUGAUCCAUUAAAAAAAAUGUGAGCAUGCUUUAAAUGAAAAACUUUUUCUUAACAAAAGGAAUGGAUUUUUUCCUCAUACUUAUUUCAAAUCUUGAUGCAAGUAAUACUUAAUUUUUCUCAUUCUCUUUGUUGGUUUAAAAUUAUGCUUUUUAUGGUCAGUUUUAAUGGUCAGUAAGACUGCAUACUGCCUAACUUGAUUAAAAGAAUAAUGAGGAAAAUUCUAAAUCAAACCUCAGAAGAGAAUUAUAGCAUUUGAUUACAGUGGUGAUGCAUAUGGUUUAUGUUUGUGUUUCCCAAAAACGAAAAAAAAACAAAACAACUCAGGGUAUCUUAGUCUUCAUCCAUGUAGGAUGCAAUUUUUUGUUGUUGCUUUUUUUAAAUGUAGGUGUGAAUGGAACUAAAAUAGAAAAGUCUAAUGUCUUUUAUGCAACAGUUUUUAUGGUUGUGUUAUAAUUUCUUUUUUUUUUUAAUUCGAGCAGUUUCAUUUAAUAAAAAAAAAUUUUCAGUUAAUGGUGGAGCAGAAUCUUAAACAAGCUUUUAUCCCUCAGGGAGUUUUCAAUAAAUAAUUUACAAUGGAUUUUGGGGCAUGAAACAAUUACAACAAAGGUUAUGAGGCUAUGAGUUUGACACAGAUUUUUUAAAAAACAUAAUAGCAAUGUUAUUUCGCCAAUAGUUAUCUCUAUUUAUUUGGUGUGUGUUGUUUUAUUUGAUACCAGUUCUGAAAGUAUGAUUUUUAUUUUUUUCAUAUCACCUGACCAGUAGCAGACACAAUAAUGUAUGAUGUGUUUUAGUAUUAUGUAGCCAAUGCUUUAUUAUCAUUUAGUUACUCUGUGCAAUUUGUCUAGGUUACACACAUGAGGCAAGAAAAGAUUGAAGAUGAGUAGAAUCUUGACCAUAUGCAAAAUAACUUUAUUUAGUUUCAUCUCAUAAUGAGAAUCGGAUUAUACUACAUCAUUAUUUCAGAAUUUUUAGAGAAUAGUAAGUAGGGGUUCUUGUUGAGAAGUAAAUAUCCUCUGAAGCUACAAAAUAAUUUCUUAUGCAUUUAUAGUUUGUGUUACAUGUACAUCAGUCCAGAUGCUUGUCUUGUGAAACUAGUAAUGUCUCUUAAAGCCAUGCUUACACUGAAAAAAAUAGAACUAUGCCAUGUACUUGGACAAUAAGAGGGUUUUUCAGUGUAUAUUUGUGAUUUUGAUUAAUGCUGUAUGUUUUACAUCAUAAAAAUGCUGAAAUUAUAUCAAGCUUUUUCUUUAUUUUCUUAAAUGUGAUGCUUAAGUACACUCUUUCUGGCAAUGAUUACAAGGAGAAUGGGAAUACUUGAUACAAAGGCAGUUUCUUCUAAUGGAAAUAAUUGUGUGGUCAUUAGCAAAAAAGUUUGUUUUUGAAUCACAUGCUUCGUCUUGGUUGAAAAAUUGAGAAUUGCAUUUGAUAAGCAGUGUAAAAGAAUCCAUUUCCUGUCUGCCCAACCAUUUCUGUCAUUUUCUUUUUUCUGUACUUUGUCCUGUAGCUGAAAUAUGUAGUCAGCAUCACCUGCUACAGGUAUCAUGAUAGUGAUAACAUCUGUUUCACAUCUUUCUUUGAUGCCUGAUGCUACACUUUUCCAACUAAUCGGUUGUAUAUAAUGCUAUAAAACGUGACAGUUUUUCACUUUGUUUGAAAUGUAUGUGCUCUGUAUGAUUAUAGUUUUUUCCUACUUUCAUGCCAAAAUAGUUUUUUUUGGUAGAAUUUAAAUAAAAGUGUGUCUGUUAUGAUGAUGUCUAAAAGAUAUUUAAGAGUUGGGCUGUAUACUUGUACUGCAACCAGUCUGCAUACUGAAACUGCUGUUCACUAUAUACUUGCUAGUUUUAUAAUGUUGGCACAUGAUGCACAUAAUGUGGAGGCAUGUGUGCAUUCAAAUAAGCGAGAGAAGCAAUGUCAGGUUUGCUUUUCCUGUAUUCUAGGUGUGGUUAUUGCACAGUCAUUUAUUCUUCCCCCACCCAGCUCCAAAGUUCUCUCACUUUUCAGAUUAUUGACCUGUACCUUGCUGGUAACAAUAUUAUUUAAGAAUCUGCCAGUGACAGAAGAGAAAUUGUUUUGUAGAUAUCGAAGUAGUUGUCUGUCAUCUUUGCUUUUGCCUAUUGUAUUUUUCACAUUGUUGGAUCCAUCUACAUGUACAAGUGAAUGUUUAGAUUUCUAGACAUUGCACUGUGUCAACAUUGUUGAAGCUAUAUAUAAGUGCUUGCUUGCUCGUGUGUCUGCUUGCUCAUACAUGUGUGUGUGUACGCGUGUGCAUGUGUUUGUUGGCUGGAUGAGAAAGAAAUGUGAGGAAGAGAAAGUAAUGGGCCCACAUAGAGAGCCUGUGUGUAUGCCUAUUUUGUAAGGACACACUAAAGGCAUAUUGUACACAGAAGUCUGCGCCAGUGUAAAGUUAACUGUUGUGUUGUAGGCUCAGUGGUUUCUUACGAAGUGAAAACUGCACUACUGGUCAGACAUUAAACUGUCACUGGAUAGAGAAUAAACUAGGCAACAUUUGCUGCUACCACCCGCCACAGGAAUUUUUACUAUUUAAAUAAGUACUACCACUACUACUUCGUAUUAAAUAUAAAGACAAUAUUUUAAGGGAAAAUAAAAGAUCUGUAUUUAAA